CUAGUAGACAAAGUAGAAACACAAAAAUGAGAACUUGUUCACACAUGGUUCUUGCACCAAAGUGCUCCAUUCAUCCCAAACGACCUUUCAUCUUCUCACAUGGCUUUGAUCACUCCAAUUCUGCUGGAUUCUCCACCAUAUUCAACCCAAUGUUAAGAUCUUUGCAACAAAUUAAAUUGCAAAUCGAUACUUCCAAAGCCAUGAAAAGCAUCACAACAAAAUUCCUUGAUGCUGUUGUGGAUUCAGUUUUCCAGUUUGUUGAUGUGCCACGCCUUCCAUCUCAGAGUAACUUUGCUCCGGUAGAGGAGAUAGGAGAGCCCAUACUUAUCACUGAUAUUGAAGGUGAAAUACCAAAGGGAUUUCCAGAAGGUGUCUACAUAAGAAAUGGAUCAAACCCACUGUUUGGAGGGUUGAAAUCAACAAAGUCAAUUUUGGGGAGUUCAGAUAGUGCUUGGGUGGAAGGAGAAGGAAUGCUUCAUGCUUUGUAUUUCAAAAAGCAAAUUGAUGAAAAUGAUGGGAAUUACACUCUUGUGUACAACAACAAACAUGUUGAAACUUCAUCAUAUAGGCUUGAGAAACAAAGUACUAAGCCUUUGUUUCUUCCUGCUGUCAAAGGAGAUUCACUUGCUGUUCUAUCUUCUCUCAUGCUAAACAAGUUGAGAUUUGGAGAAAACUAUAAAUAUUAUAGCAACACCGAUGUGAUUGAGCAUUCAGGAAAGUUCUAUUCAGUUUCUGACAGUCACCUUCCAUUUGAGAUUGACAUUUUCACAUUAAAUACUUUGAAUCAAUGGGAUUUCAAUGGAGUAUGGAAUCGUCCUUUCGGCAGCCACCCUAAGAAAGUUCUGGACACCGGAGAGCUGGUUAUCUUUGGAGUAGAGGCAACCAAACCUUUUCUUGAAAUUGGAAUAGUUUCUGCUGAUGGAAAAGAAUUGGUUCAUAAAGUGGAUAUAAAACUAGACAGAUGCUGUCUUUGCCAUGAGAUAGGUAUCACACAAAGAUACAUUGUGAUAUUGGAUUAUCCACUCAUAAUUGACCCAAACAGACUUCUUAGAAGAGGGCAAUUGAUAGAAUAUGAGAAGGAGAAAUACGCGAGGAUUGGGAUUAUGCCCAUAUAUGGUGAUGCAGAUUCAAUCAAAUGGUUUGAGGUCACACCUCAUAGCACAUUUCAUUUUAUUAACUCUUUUGAGGAAGGUCACGAGGUGGUGGUGUGGGGUUGCAGAGCAUUAGAUUCAAUAAUUCCAGGGCCAGAAGCGGGAUUAAAUAAUGAUUCUAAGUUUUUCUCUCGUUGUUAUGAAUGGCGAUUAAACAUGGAAACUGGAGAGGUUAAUGAGAAAUAUCUCACUGAUGGACCAAAUCAGUUCAUGGAUUUUCCUGUACUCAAUGAAAGUUUUAUAGGAGUUAAGAAUAAAUACGCAUACACCCAAGUGGUAGAUCUCAAUGCAAGCUUUUCUGCAGAUAUGCCAAAAUAUGGAGGUCUAGCUAAGUUAUACUUUGAAGAACAAUUAUCAUCUAAGGAAAAGAUCAUAAAAACGGAAUAUCAUGCAUUUGAAAGCAGCAAUGUGUUCUGCACUGGACUCGCCUUUGUCCCUAAAGAAAAAGGGGGCAUCGAAAUGAAAGAAGAAGAAGAUGAUGGUUGGAUCAUUGCUUUUGUUCACAAUGAAGACACUAACUUAUCACAAGUUCAUAUAAUUGAUGGAAAGAAGUUAAGUGGUGAGGCAGUUGCCAAGAUUACAUUGCCAUGCAGAGUUCCUUACGGCUUUCAUGGAGCUUUCAUGCCAAUCUCUUUUCAGCCCCCAACUCCCUCAUCAUAGCUCUAUUUAUGUUAUGUAUAUAUGUCAUUGCUAUUUAGCCAUCAUAUUAUACAUUUAAUAUAAUAAGGCCAACACAAUGCAAUGCUUGAAUAUCAUUAUAUUUCAAUCAUUAUAAUAUCAAUAUCAAAAUAGUUGAGGUUCCA